AUGACUGAUAGUGUUCUUUCAUAAAAAUAACCUCCCCACCAUAUCCUUAAUAUACUUUUAGAAUAUUCUUUCAAAAUUCUAAGAAUAUAAAAAUUAAUAACUCCUACUUAAUCUUAAUAUAAAAGGGUAAACUUUUAUAGAUUUUAGAGGUGCUGGUUAUGCUAUUUAAUUUGUGGAUCUCAAUCAUAAUAAUAUUCAUAAUAGCAAUAUUGGUUAUAAAUAAAUUUCAACACAGACAUCCCUGAAGAAUAUUAUAUGAAUUAAAAGCUUAGAAUAGAUGUUGGAAAGUGUAUGCAAAUCAAUGAUACUUAUGAAUUAUGUAAAUUGUAUUUUGAUUAAAACAUUUUCAAAUACAUCUGUUUAAUAUCGAAUAAUAGAUAAUGUAUUAGAAUUUAAAUACAUUUUUCUAUUUCAUAAUUGUGUAUGAGAGAAAUAAACAAAACUAGAUUAAAUCAUAUUGUUGAUUCUGUCACAUUUGGUCAUAUCUGUAAAGAUGUUUGAAUCGAGGAAUUUCAAGAUUAUUCAUACAUAUUUAAAUAAAUAAACAAGAACUUUUAAAAUCAUUAUUAACUUGAAGAAUUUUUAACUUUUCUCUCUAAUCUUUUAUCAAAAUAAUAGUGUUGAAGGUCUAAUUUCACUAUCUGAUGGAAUGAAAAGAUAUAAAUUGGACUUUAUUAAUGGGAUAAAAGAGUAGAAGAUCAUUUAAAGUUUAGAAAUAUUAAGUGAAACGUCAUAAACUUUAUUAAGAACCUAAGGUUUCAUUUUUGAAUCUAAACAAUUAAUUAAAAUUAAAAUAAUUUGGUUCCUUAGUAGUAGAUUAAUGAGUAUUUAAACAGUUUAGAUUUUGAUAUAUAUUGGAAUUCAAACUUUGUUGAUAUCAUUAUCUAAUUUCAUAACCUAAUAUACUAAAUUCAUAAAAAAUUCAACAAAAAGGAUAGGGGAUAUCUAUAAUUAAUUAAUUAAAUAGAUUCACUUAAACCUAAAAAUCAGCUAAAUAAUUAUCAAAAUUAAUCUAAUAAAUUUAAAAGAAGGAAUUCAAUAUUCUUAGAUUCUAUUUCAUAAAAUUAAAACUAAAAUUAAUGAAUCAAUAAACCUAAAACCUUCAAUUAUAAUAUUGCAAACUAGAGUAAUCAGAAUAAAUAAAUGA